CGGUGUGCAGUGCGGCAUAAACGGCCGAGCGGCGUAGCCAUAGAGCUAAUAGCGCUGGAAGGGAUUGCAGGGUAUCUCACAUUAACGCCGUCAGUGUGGAGAGGGAGGGGGACUGACAACGCCCCCGGCUCCUUAUUAUGCGUUGCCUUUCUGUGCCGUUAGUCUUGGGGUGUGUUAUUGUCGGCUUUCGCAUCUCAGGGGUGCUGAUCCGGCUAUCAUUUAUUCAUAGAGUUUGUUCAUCGUUAACUAACUACUACUAUUAAGCUACAAUUUGUCGUGCGGUUGUUUCAAUUUCAGCUUGGUUGCAAGUAAACAAAAUGUAAUCUCUGGAUUAAAACCACCUGAAAAUUUUGAAGAUGAAUGUGUUUGAUCGCAACAUAGACUUCGAUGCUCUAUUUAAAUUUUCCCAGAUCUCUCCUUCCACCCAGGAGCACCUGAAGAAUGUAUACUCUUGCCUAGCUGUGUGCAUGCUUGUGGCUACAGCCGGGUCAUGUGUACAUUGUAUAACACAGCUGUUUCAGGGUGGCCUGCUCUCUUUGCUGGGUUCCUUAGCUAUGAUGCUUUGGUUGACCAUGACGCCGCAUAAUCAUGAGACUGAGAAGAAGAGGCUGGCUAUUCUUGCUGGCUUUGCCUUCUUCACAGGUGUCGGGCUGGGGCCAACCUUGGAUUUUGCUAUUGCCAUCAAUCCCAGCAUCAUCGUGACAGCAUUCCUGGGCACCUCUGUAAUCUUCGUAUGUUUCACUCUGAGCGCCCUCUACGCCAAGCGCAGGAGCUACCUCUUUCUUGGAGGUGCUUUGAUGUCGGGGCUUUCCAUCCUGUUCCUGGUCUCCUUGUUUAGCAUGUUCAUCGGAUCGGCUUUUCCCUUCAAGGCCCAUCUAUACAUCGGACUGGCCAUAAUUUGCGGGUUCGUGCUCUUCGAUACUCAGCUCAUCAUUGAGAAGGCAGAGAUGGGCGAUAAGGACUACAUCUGGCACUGCGUGGACUUGUUCCUCGACUUUGUGACCAUCUUCAGAAAGCUCAUGGUCAUCCUUGCCUUGAAUGAGAAGGACAAGAAGAAAGAAAAGAAGUAGAGGAGUUAUGUGCGGAUGAAGGCGACGCUGAAGACCACGUGUCCUCAAUCUCCUGAACUACUUUUAAGAAUGCACCAGAGGAAACCAUGACCCGGAGUAGUAUCUUAAAUCGCAGUGAAGUUUUCACUUUAACUUUCAGAUAAUUAUUUAGAUUGUUUUGAUUUUGUAUAAUGAUGUAGAGUCUAAUUUUUCGGGCAGUUGAAUUUUGGCUUCACACAAGGGGUGACAUUUGAGCUGUAAUUUUAAGUUUCUUCUUUUGUGUCGUGAAAUGGAAUAUGUGUGUAUGUAUACUUUGUAUGGAUCGUUGCUAAACUGGGCUGCACAAGACAUCUGAUAGAAAAUUCUAUGUCGUUAUUGUUAUACUUUUUUUCAUUUAAGUUUUUUUUAUUUUGUGUACGGUAAAAGAUCAGUACCAUCAGAUACCCCGCCGAACAACUACAACUGAAAAAACAAAGCAAAAUACAGAAUUAAAUCACGCAUUUUGAGUUCUGCAUCUUGCCAAGAAUUCAGCACAGAAACUGAUCUGGUUAAUCCAGGCUGUAGGAGAUUCGAGAAGAGUAACAGCUACGUGCUGCAACAUUCACAAAUUCCGCAAUAAGGCUCGAGGAAGAGCGUUGCAUUGAAUCACUGUUUUCUUGCCCGUGGUCAGUCUAGCUAAUAGGAUUCUUUGAGUUAUCGUGGCUGAUUUAGCAAGAAAAUUAUAUGAAAUAAAACUGUAGGUCUAGUACUAAUACAGAAUUGAGCCUCAAUCGUUUAUUAUAACAGAGGCAUUAACUCAUUUGUGUAAUGCAUUUGGAACCAAGGAUGGUACGAUUCACCGAUUCGCAUCAGUGCAUAAAAGUUCAUGAUGUGACUGCCACGAUUAAAAAAGUGCGCCGGAUACAAUUUGGGAUACAUCAUUUCUAACAACUUUGCAUCAGUAAAAUCUAAUUUAUUAAUGUAGAAUAGGUAGUUAAAUCAUUUUGCUUGAUUAAUUUUGUAUUAUUUUUUUAGUUCACAACUGGUGUUAUUAAUGUUUUUAUGGUUGUUAUGCUUCCAAACGUCUUUUAUUGCGAACCUGCUUGCGUUUGUAAGCUGCUGCUCGCAAAAUCAAGCUUACUUCUGUCUGAGUUUGGGAAACUAAAAUAUAUGGCUCCUGGCUCAUCCGACUUUUAGAGGAAUAAAACUGAGCCAUCCGUUUGUUUUUAUUUUGAAACGUAUUAAUAAUGAGCCGGGUAGAAGUUUAUUUGGUUCGCGUUAAAUGCUAUAUGUUUAGCAAAAUUAGAUGUAUUUAAACCAGUAACUGGUUACAUAUUACUUGAUAUAAUUUUGUAAUAUUUGCCCAUGUUUUGGAAUUAACAUAGAAAAGUUUAAUUUGUGACUUUUGUAAACUGCUGCACGCAAAAAAAACACUUUUCUGUCUGUGAAGGGAGAAGAAUCGCCAUUUCAUUAUUAUGUUUAUGGGAAAGUGCGGAAGAAUCUUUAAUAAUAAUUAAGCUUGUUUUUUGCUCUGGUACUUUUUAUUUAAAUUUCUUUUUUUAGAUUUAGGCCUGCAGGCGAGUCUUUAGUUUUAUUUUGGUGGUGUAAAUCAUCCACCUCUCCCAUCGUAUUGCAUCCUCACCAGCUCAUAAAAUCCGUGAAAUCCGACUGGAACCGCAGUUGCAGUGGCUGUGCCGGACCUUUGGCACCUCCCUCUCCAUGCCACGUCACAUUAUUAACAUACCAAAACACAACGAAUUUCCCUGUCGGCAGGGUCCCGGCCUGGCCUGGUCAACCAGCGCGCGGCCAGGCUUAAAUAAAUAAUUAUUAGUAGAUGUCUUGUGCCUUUAUUAUUAGGAAAGUAGAAAAUAAUCUGACCAGUAGUUUAAUAUUUAGAUUGAUCCCCCAGUAAACUGUAUCUCAAGCGCAAUCUCUCAUCUCCACUCCCCCACUGCUCUGCUAGUCUCUCGGCCAAAUCUCGCGGGAGUUGGAGGCGUGUCUGGCGUCGCCCCGCCCCGUGUCAUGGCGAAUCGCGCCGCAUCGCAAUAGGGCGGCAUCCUAUCGCAAUAGGAAUUGCUGUAUAUGCAUCUUUAAUAUACUGGAUUGUUGGCAAUGCAUAGUGAUGUGUGUCGUAUCGAGAUUAUCUUUUAUUGAAACAAAACAGUGUCUACCUUAAAUUUCAGCUUUUCAAAUUGUCAUUCAGCCUUGAAGCUUAAAGGAUUCUUUCCCCAGGGUCGGCGUCAUGGUGGAGGGGGGCAUUAACAGUCCAUCACCCCCCUCCCCCUCAAAUUCCACCCACCUGUCUGUAAUUUUAUUUUUUAAUGAAGGCAUUCAUUCUGUAACAUGUGCUGUCUCUCCCAGAUACAUUUCUACGGAUCGUCUACUAACCCAAUGAUCUCCCCAACCCAAUCGACAAUUUUUUUACCGUCGUCACUGCUGCCCACCCCCCGUCAAAUUUCCUCUGCCGCCAAGACUGACACCCCCCCCCCUUAAAUAUUUUUAAUUCUUGGAAAAGAAUCUUAGCUGGGAGUAUAGCAGUAACCAGUUCUGUCCAGCGGGUGUCACUGUUGUUUAGCUUUGAAUUGCAUGGUUUACUGCUUCUCUUGCUUAAUUGAAGGAAAGACUCGUGUAUCUUUUAUCAUGACUUAAAGAUUUAAAGUUUUUUCCUUUUGCCUCCUAAUGAGGAUGUCUGAAUUACUUGUAUGCCUUUGCCAGUGCUUUGAACUUUGUCGUGAGAAAUGUUCUUGCGGUGAAUUUCUGACACGCGUCGGCCCUUUAGGCUUCGCUAUCGAUGUUUAAACCUGGGGUCGACCUGACAGGAAAGGUCAGACAUCUUCAUUCCUGUUUCAUUUUAUGUUCCUUGCAGGGAGUGAAAAAUGUUCCCUCUGAUCUGUGAAAGAACCAUGCUUAAGACCUGCCUGCCUUGGCAGACCUUUGCAGAAAUUACUGCUGCCUUUCUCUGUGUGGCUUUUUUUUUUACCCUCGAGGUAUUUGUGAAGAUUGCUGGUGGUACAAUCGCGUUGAGAAAAUGACAUGUAGUAACAGAAGUGUGAGAAGCGUAAUCUUUUUUCCUCCCCUGAACAAUUCUGGAGAAAAAAGUACCAAGUGCAAUGAUGGUGGGGGGUGAAGGAGUGCUAUCUCUGUGUGAACCCAGUCUCACUGUAUGUCCUGUGCUGAGCUAUUGUAUUUACCCCCCUCCCCCGCCACCCAUGUUCAUCUCCUUCACUACACAUCAAUUGAGCCCUUUUAACCAAAUUUUCUGAAUGAAGAUAUUUCUUGGUGUUCAAAUGGCUUCUUUCCAAUUCAAUCCAUUGGAAGGACCGCAGCUCUGUCGCAUGUUUACUGCAGUUCUGUUGACAUCAAAAUGUAACAUAUCAAAUGCGUUCCCCUCCCUUUCAUUGGGAAAGUAGUCUUUAUUAAUUAGUGCCAACAAAAUCAGUUUACUGAUUUGUGCUUCACUAAUUUUGGGAGAAGGGGAGGGUGGCAGGAAUGUUAAUACUGUGAAAGAUAAAGUUUGGAACUGCCAUUUACAUUAAGCAAGACUGUAGAACUGAAAUUUGUUAAAUAAACUGAAUAAUGGAU